AUGGACAUUACCAAUAGACGUCAUCCACUCACAAAGAAUAACCUUGUGUUGGAGUUGUCUGUAUAAGUUUGUAAUCAUAUGCCCAUUUUCAUCAUUUAGGAUUGUCCAUAAUUUUAGAGAUAAUGAGUGAAUACAAGACAAUUGUUCUUCAACAAGGAUUAGAGGACGUGGCUGUGGAUGACUACCAGUUUAGGAAAAUCAAGUCCUUACUAAGAAAAGAACUAAAUCUAACAAAAAAGAUGCAAAAUGAUUAUGACAGAAUUCAGAUGGCUGACCUGUUGGAGGACACAUUCCCAAAAGAUGCUGGACUGGACAAACUGAUAGAAGUGUGUCAAAGCAUUAAAGAUCUUGAAGACCUUGCUCAAAGACUUAAAACAGAGAGAGCAAAAGUUAAAGUGCAAAAGAAAGGAAAAAACCAAACUGCAGUGAAAAGAAGAAAGCAAGAAGAACCCAGUAGUUCCCAGUCUCUUUCCACCGAUAAUGAAUCAGACAAGAGCGAACCCUCUGCACAGGAAAUGAGAAAAGAAACCAUAAAAACUGAAGGUAGUAAGAAAAUGAAGCUUACCCAGGAGCAGACUCAGCUUCCAGAACCUUCAGGAAGCAACACACAAAAAGAUGAAGGUUGUCUUCAGACUCCUCAGAAGCCUAUACCAACACCAUCCAGCAGUUCCUCAAACGAGAAAAACACAAGCAGCAAAAAACAUAGUACCAUAGAGACACAAGUUUCCCAGAAAAAACACCAGCUUCUAGAAUUGUCAGCAACCAACAACUCCUCAGCUGUGAGUGAACUCCAGACUCUUCAGGGUCUUUUGGCCACAGCUUCCCGCAGUAUCCAGGCUCCUCAGGCACCUCAAGAAACAUGCUUCACUUUAAAAAUGCCUCCGGGCUCUUCAGCACUCUCUUACCAGAAUUUUCCAGUGUCUUUAGCAUCAAACUCCAAUAUUCAUCUGAACUCUCCAGUGCCUCUAACACUGUCCAGUGGUGUCCAGGCUCCUCAUGGACCUUCAGCAACAUCGUGUAGUAAUGUCUGGAUCCUUCAAAUGCCUUCAGAAACAGUGUCCAGCUCUUUCAGUGCUCCUCAGAUGGCUCCAGUAUCAGUGUCCAGCAGUGCCCAGAACAUUCACCUACCUACAACAGCAGCAGCCAAUAGCAAACAGUUUCCUCACAGUCCUCAAGUAAUAACAUCCAGAUGUGUCCAAAGCACAGGAGUACCUUCAGCACCAUUGAAGGAAAUAAAGAAGCCUCCAAUGAAACAAUCCAGCAAUGUUCAAGUUCCCCAUGCUCUUCCAGAAGCAAUGUCCAGAAACGUCUGCAUCACUCAGGUGCCUCAAAUAACAACAUCCAGUAGCAUUCUGACUCCUAACUCUGCUACAGUAAAAGCACACAGGAAUGCCAAGGUCCCAAGUCUCUUAGAAAUAGGAGGUACUUAUUCCCUGGCUUUUUUGGCAUCUCCAGGAACAUCAUCUAGUAGUCUCCAGGCUUCUCAGGUGCUUCUACAAACAACAUCCAACAGUCUUCCAGCUCCUCAGGUUUCUAUACCAACAGGGACAAGCAGAGUCCAAACCACUCAAACACAUUCAGGAGCAGCAUCCAACAUAAUCCAGGCCCUUCAUGCUCCUCCACAGACAGAGUCCAGAAGUGUGUGCACCACUCAAGUUCCUCCAGUAGUAUCAUAUGGUACUGGACAGGCACUUCCCUGUCCUAAAGUAAAAGCAUCAAGGAAUAUCCAUGCUCCUCAGAUGCCUUUAGCAACAGCAUCCAAAAAUCUCCUGGAUCCCCGAGUGUCCCCAGCAACAGCAUAUAGUGCUCUUCAGACUUCUCAGUUACUUCUACCAACAACAUUUAACAGUCUUCCAGCUCCUCAGGUUUAUAUACCAAUAGAAACAAGCAGAGUCCAGACCACUCAAAUACAUCCAGGAGCAGCAUCCAACUUCAUCCAGGCUCUUCAUGCUCCUCUACAGACAGAGUCCAGAAGUGUGUGCACCACUCAAGGGCCUCAAGGAAUAUCUUAUGGUACUGGACAGGCACUUCCCUGUCCUAAAGUAAAAGCAUCAAGGAAUGUCCAUGCUCCUCAGAUGCCUUCAGCAACAGCAUCCAAAAUUCUCCUGGAUCCCCGAGUGUCCCCAGCAACAGCAUUCAGUGCUCUUCAGACUUCUCAGUUACUUCUACCAACAACAUCCAACAGUCUUCCAGCUCCUCAGGUUUCUAUACCAAUAGAAACAAGCAGAGUCCAGACCACUCAAACACAUCCAGGAGCAGCAUCCAACUUCAUCCAGGCUCUUCAUGCUCCUCUACAGACAGAGUCCAGAAGUGUGUGCACCACUCAAGGGCCUCAAGGAGUAUCAUAUAGUACUGGACAGGUACUUCCCUGUCCUAAAGUAAAAGUAUCAAGGAGGGUCCAUGCCUCUCAGAUGCCUUCAGCAACAGCAUCCAAAAAUCUCCUGGAUUCCCGAGUGUCCUCAGCAACAGCAUUCAGUGCCCUCCAGGCUCCUCUGGUGCCUCCAGCAACAAGAAGCAGCAGUCCAUCAAGGACACCAAAUAAGGGAAAUUUACCAAAGGAGCCUUCUAAAAUAGAAGGUCACCAUCGAGUUGCCAAAGAAGUGAUGGUGUUGAAAGUAACAGAACCAUUUACUUAUGAUUUGAUCAAUAACAAAAGGAUGUUCCAUGCCACGGUGGCUACUGAGACUGAAUUCUUCAGAGUGAAGGUUUUUGACACAGCCCUAAAGAACAAGUUCAUCCCACAAAAUGUCAUUACCAUAUCAGAUUAUACUGGUGUCAGUGGAUUUCUGGAGAUUCGUAAAGCUUCCUGUGUGUCUGAUGACGAUGUUAACCGAACAAUGGUUAUCCCAAAUACACUAAGGAGAAGAGCCAAUGGAACUCCUAAAAUUAAGGAUCUUUUCUCUCAAACAAAAGGAACAUAUGUGAAUGGAGAGUUUGAGGUAACUAAGAAAAAUGAAAGGGGUGACUUCAUUUACUAUGGGAUUGAAGAUGAUACUGGGAAAAUGGAAGUUGUGGUCUCUGGACCACUGACCUGUAUCAAGUGUGAGCCAGGCAAUAAAGUUCAACUCAUCUGCUUUCAAUUGACCUCAAGAGAAGAUACUUGGCAGCUAAAGUCUGUAAGGCACAGUUACAUGCAGGUCAUCAAUACCAGAAGAAAAAUCACUCAAACCUGAUUCAAUUAUGAAUACCUCUCUAGAACCAUACUUCUGAAAACCUGGAUGCCAAGGAUACUGUUUACAGAGAUAAGAUCCAAGUCCAGAAAAUAAAUGUAUAUAAGACAUGUUGAAAUACCAUAUCUAUAAAAGCAAGCUCUUAAUUCUUGGAAAUGGUGGUUUCCUAUAUUCUUUAUACAUUUUUGUGUUAUCUAA